CCCUCGACCCAAAUCAACAACUUCACAUCAGCUCAUAUGGCUUGCUCCGCAAACGACUUCAUCACCAUGCCUGCUCAGCGCCCCUCGCAACUUCCUCCCUGCCCUGGCCCGCCGCCUCAACGCCCUCUUCCUCCUCUGCCCACCCGCGGUUAAGAGUGGCUGGCGGCUAGCCUCGCGCAAUACACCAACUCGAGAGCUUUCUAGAGCCAUGAGUUUAGAAACAAACCACCACUACCACAAUGAAUGGAGCUGCCCUUCGGUUCCCUUCGCAGUCGAAAAUCAACACCAUGGAUGAACGGGCGCCUACAACCCAUUGACCAGUUCCCGGGAAACUACCAACUGCGAACGAAAUCCGAUCCACACCCUUCAGCAACAACACCGCAUCCAUUCAGUCGGCCUGUAUUUGGCAGCCCGCAGGAUUUACCACGCAUUCCAUUAUGCACGCCAUACACGCCUCCAUGUGUUGGCCAUGCAUGCGUCUCACCCACACCACCCACACCACUCGACCGAGGGACACUCACCUCUGUGACCACUGGGCUAAUGCAACUGCCCCUCAAUCUCUCAAGACCGGGCAAACGCAUCUGCGUCACGACAAACCGCGGGGUCAUCAGUUGCUCCGAGGUGGUCUCGAGAUUGGGCCUUCUUCUCCCACCCUCACCUUCUUCACCUUCUCUUCGUGCCGGCCCGCGUUCCCAAGAGCUGGGCUCUGCACGCAACUACCAGCAACCACGCAACAACCCACUCUACUUCGUCAUCGACUGCUACACCCCCUACGCAGUAUUCACCGACAUACCACCUUGUAACAAUACCAACCUAUCCCUCGUUCACUCUACACCAUUUUCACCGAAAGUGGAUUAUUCAACCAAGCCAACGGAAACCACCAUCUUUAAUCCAUGACCUACAACGGAACGAGCAAAGCAUCAUUACGGGACCAGGAACAAACCUCAACGUCAUCAUUCAAUCACGCAUUUUCCACCAACCUCAUCAACACAAACAUGUAUCAUUAGAAAGGAGCAUUU